AAACCUGAAAACAUCAUGUCAUGAAGAACAGUUAGAAACAAGUCUUGAGGUUAGUACAUAAUGCUCUCUGAUUAUCUAAAUUAAUUCCCAAUAAUUAACGAUUUGUACACUAGAUGGUAUACCUUCUUUUUAUUAGUCUUAUUUGACAUUUUACAAAAUGUUCAACAUUAAUAGUGAACUAAGUUGGAAUUGCACAUAUAUAGUUACUUUAAUAAUAAGGUGAACUCGGUUUAGUUGCAAUUGCUUGACUGAUGGCUUGGUUUUCAUCUCAAUUCAACAAAAUCUCAUUAUGCCUUAAUAUUUGCUCAUUCACGAAUAUAGGAUGCUCAAAAUCAAUCACGCAUAGUGGUUCAUGGACUUCGACUACGAUGCCAGAAUUAUGCUUUUCAGGUAAAUCGUAGACAUAAAUACCUUCGAAAUAGCGGUAACAGCUAGUCGAAGCUUAGUUGAAUUCAAUUAUUUAAUUUAAUUAAUUAGAGGGCAUGCUCAGAGACUGCACAAAUUAAGUCAGGUAACAUGCACAAUUAGCCAUUCCGAAGUUAAUGAGAGGACUGGCGACGAGUGUUAAAAUGUGUCCAAAUUAAGAAAUGAACUAAAUCACUAAAACGACCACCUCAAAAUUAGUAAGUAAACAAAGUUUGAAGACAGUUCCACGAAUACCCUUCGAAUAAUAAGCUUUCGAAAAUCGCGAUAUUUACUAUGAAAUGUACUGUAAUUUUUGUUUUGGGGGACACGCACCCAAAAACAAUAUUUUAAUCAGUAAUUUCACAAUUUUCGAAAGCUUAUUAUUGGAAGCUAAGGGUGUUCAUGUAAACGUCUUCAAACUUUGUAUACCUACUAAUUUUGAGGUGGUCUUUUUAGUGAUUUGGUUCAUUUAAUAAAUAAUCAAAUAUGGGAAGCAAGGGGCAAUAUAGUAGGCUGUAUAUUGGAUAUGGAAUAGUGCAGGGAAUGCGCAGUCUAGAAGGCUGCAUGUCAUUGCUAUCGCGGACACAUAUGCGAAUGUUGUUCAUGUAAACUUUUAUUAAAGUUGAAUUGGAGAAGAGCUUUGAUUUAUAAUUAUUUGGUUUAAAAUGUCUUAAAACAAAAAAAUAUAUAGCAAACAUUUAAAAUCUUUCUUGAAUGCAUGAACUAUUAUGCUGUUGGAAAUUAUCAGACCGUGGAAAUUAGUAUCCAAUAUAAUAAUUAAUUCGCACGUAUAUUUUAUAUAGGUCACACCUAUUUUUAAUAACUACGGGUGUGGUAAAUGUGGAGUCUGUUAUCCCCAUUCUAAGCUAGGAAAAUCCUCCGAGAUAUACUCUUUUCGAAUGACAAUCGUCCGGACAUCAGGUGAGUUUCUUGAAUCCAAAAAGCGUUGUUCAAAAUUAAUGAAGUUAAAAAUCAUGAAAAUGACAUAACAGUAUAUUAAAAUGUACCAGGUGAGUAACAAGGGUAGAUACCAAUUUUGCCCUUAUAGAGUAAGACACAACUGGUGCCAAAUACUUCAUGACAAGAACGAAAAUUUUGUUUCUAAGAAUCCAAAACAACCAUCAUCAUACAGCAGGCGGGCGUAAGAGAAUGAACUGAAAUCUUCCACUCUUGAAUGUAAUUGAUAAAACGAUUAAUUUAGAAUAUCUAGUGCUAAAAAAUAAACUGAUUAUUACAGUAAUUAAAAUAAUUACUGGUUUAUUAUAAAGUUCAUUGUAAAUGGAUUGGGACGUAUAUUCUAUCAAUUUAUCUUACGCCUGCGAUUAUAUACUUUGCAAUGAUGUUGCAGUGGACAGUCAUAUAAUAUUGAGAAUUUGAAUCUAUUUUUGUAGUUAUUUUGAAUAAUAUUUAUUAUCGUAUUUUUUAAAUUCAGCAUUACACAAUUCGAUCAAGCAAUCUAACUGGCUGAUAGCUGUACUUGUUGUGAUAGUUGUUCUCGCCUUAACAAUUUUCUCAAUUGUGGUUAUAAUUAUUUGGAAAAAGAAGCGUGGUAAGAAAUUAAGAAUUUAUUGAUCAAUGUUUUAUCACACACUUCUUCGUGACAUUGGCUUUGUUAUAAUCAUCACUGGACGAAAUUAUUUUAGAAUAUAAGCGUACAUAAUGCUGCAGGAGAAAUAGACACAUGUACAUUCCAAGCAUUCGGUUUAGCUGAUGUCUCGUUGACAUCAAGUUAAUUGCAUAAUGGGGACUUCCAAAAUUGGGGAAAUUUGUGGCGAAUUCCCUGACGCUACAAUCUUGUACUUUUAGACAUACAUUUUAUGUAUUGUAACAGAAAUGUUAUUAAUCAGUGGUGCUUAGACUAUUUGUAUUUGCUCUAUACUUGGCGUAUAUCAUUUUAUGUGUUAAACUUAUAUGUCAUUUUUAUAUUUUGAAACUUAUAUGUCAUCUCUAUAAUUCGUAGUAUAGUCUUCCAGUUGUCUGCCUCGAAUAGCUUUCGCUACCUGCAGACAACUGUUAAAUUCUUGUAUAUUUUUUCUUUUGAUUAAAAUUACUGUUACUGUUACUGUUACUGUUACACUACUUUUUGCUUUCUCCUUGAUGUGAAUUUCGCAAUGAAGUAACUUCUUAAAUAACUUCUUACUUUCAAUUGUAAUUAACAGCGGUCGAGAAAGCUGAAGAACCUAAUAUAAUUCCAAAGGGAAGACCAGGUAUUAUUAAAAGGCCAAGACACACCAGACGCGAUUCGACAACGCGGCGCGAUUUUUAGAUUUUCAUUGACCGAUAACUUUGAUUCUUGUUUAAGUUUUUCAAAUAUUUUUUUAAAAUUUCCCGAUUUAUUGGCUGUUUUAUAUUAACUUUCAAGCACUGAAAAUUGUGCCGCUUUGUCGAGUCGCGUCCGGUGUGUUUCGGCCUUAACUAUUUUGGUGCCCGUCGGGCAUUUGUACAAGUGUCAAAGUUUGAAGAAAAUUUAUGUUCAAUUGCCAAUAUAGACUGCCGAAGGAUUCGAUAAAGUGCGUUUAUAUAAGUGUAUGAAUUUGUACUUAUUUUGUUAGCGCACAAAAACAUGUAUCCGGACUAGUCAUGUUUAAAUUUGGACAUCUUUCACUAGUUGACUCGAUUAGCCCGAGAAAUAUUUCUUGACUAGCCAGUCCUAUUGUCAAGUAAGGCGUCGAUUUUUAUUGCCUGGCUAUAACUAAAUACAGGGACGCCGGAACGAUGUGAAGGCAAGGGGGGCAGAUUUUCGUGAAAGGGCACUUUUGAAUUGAUAUCUUACUAAGAUAUGUUUGCAAAACAUCGGGAGUUGAAUUUCGCCCAAUCAUGUUUUCUAGUUAUUGGAUGAUAGGGGUGUGACGGGGUUCUCCGCCAGGCGAUUGUGCUAUUCUUGAAGCUCGGAUGACUGCAUCCUUGCGUUUCCUGAAGCAAAUUCGUAAAAGAAUUGCACUAACAUUUCUGACAAUUCUCUAUUUCGCCAAGGCAAUUCUUUAUAUUGAAAGGGCACCUUUGCCCCCUUGCCCCUCCUGGUGAACGGCAACGGGGGGCGGCUGCCCCUCCUGCCCCCCCAGUUGCGGCGUCCCUGAGUAAAUAUAAUCAGUUGUAAUUUGAUAUUUUUAACAAUCGUUCCCGAAAUCUAAAUUGACGUACUUGUUUCGGGCAUCUAUUGCCGAAGGCAUCUAGUUACAAUUACAAUAGAUCAUAAUCAAAAAUUUGGCCCAUUACAUUCCCAGUGUGCGAGCAAAACGACAACGUAGCUAUGCAACCUGGGUUUAAGUUUAUUCCCUUUCACGUUGUGCUUAAUUUAUCGUCUACCUUCAUUUCAGUGACGGAAGUUUUCAUCGCUCAUGGCAGUCAUUGCAAAGAUUGUGAAGAUGCUGUGCUCUCUGUAGCUACCUAUCUUGACACGACAGGUCUUUGCAAAUGUAUCCCUAAUUUACGUUCAUUACCAAAGGAAUGGUCACCGAGCCAGACUCAAUAUUAUGAAAAUCAAAUUGAAAAAUGCCAAAAAGUCAUCGUCUUGUUUACUGUCAACGAAAAUCACGAAUUCGAAGAUAACAUAAAAGGUAAGGACGGCGGUCGACAGCAUAGAAGACCAAAGGCAUACGGGAGGGAAAAAAUGGGGGCGGUCGAAAAUGUUCAGUGUCGGCUAUACUUAAAAUAUAUGAUAAGCAAUGCCUAAAUUUUGCGAGUCAGACCAAUUUUGUCCAGAUCACACCAUUUUUUACGGUAAAAUGAGAAUGUUUUGUUCUCCUGCUCAAAAGGCCAAAGCUACCUAGUUCCUGCUGGUGAUUGUAUCCUAAGGAUGUGCCUUAUUUUUUCAGAAAGAAACUUUAUUUACCAAAAGAACCUAAUUCGAUCAGAACUCCUUGCCAAUUACUCAACAACAAAGUUCAUCCCAGUAUACAUGGAUUUCUUAUCCGAUCUCGAUAUUCCCUCUUUCCUAAGAAACAAGAAAUCUUUCUCGCUGCCAUCACAGUUAACAGAACUUGUACUGUACAUUAUUGGAGAACCAGUGUGCAAGCCAGUAUCUGCUUGUCCAAGACAGUCACUUGAAGAAGACGGCAGUUUGAUGAAACGCAAGAAAAUCUUGGAAGGCAAGAUCAAGAAUUUGAAUGUAAAACAUCAGAAGAAGCUGAGAGUCCAGAAUAACAACAUGCUUGCGCAGGUACAGCAAAUACACCAGUAUAGAAAAAUACAUACCUCAAUUUAACUGAUCCACUGCCCAAAAAUUAAACCAGUCUUUAGUGUUCAAUUGAAAGAGAGCUGAUAUGGGAUAGGGCGCUUUCAAAGGUUGAUAGACUCAUUGAGAAGAUCGAGUUUCUUAAACCAAAUAAGAAUUUUAAUCGCAUUGAUGUCAAUCUGAUCGCAUUUAAUGCUGAACAACUAUUUACCAUGUGUCAUAAAUUAUAGAAAAAACAAAAUAUUGCAAAACGUUAGGGAAUAAUUUCAUAUCUAUCGCCACCCAAAGCAGUGGAGGGGAGUGUCCCCACACCCCCUUGCUAUAAUGUUAUCAAUAUGCAUGCAUAUUGACUACCGCCUGCAUUCUGAAAGCUCCUUCACACUGACACUCAAUGAGUCUCAAUAAGUGCAACUCGACAUUCAAUGUGUCUUCACUCAUGCUCACUGAGUAUAAAGACGACACUCAUCCUCCAAUUAUUCAAUCACAGCACUCACCCACAACUUGGGCUGAAUUUGAAAUCAGUUAUCCAAAACUGAAUUUGACUAAAGGUUGAGUUGAAUGAUUUACCUCCCUUGAGCCGCUUCAACUUCGUCUCAUUGAAUAUUCCGCGAUAAUCACCUCGCCUUCGGCGAAUAAUUGUUAAAUGUUCCACCAAUUAGUAUGAAUAAACGAGCUAUGCAUGUCCACUGAUCAAUGUAGAGAGCUAAUCAGUGAUUGUAGUUAUCAUAUGAGCUAUUGCACAUGUAUCAUUAGUUAUUAUCUCAGUAGUUCUCAGUAGUUUAUCUUAUUAGCUAUUAUCUCAGUAGUUGUCCAUAUGUUAUAAAACGACACUUCAAGGAGUCUAUCCCGAAAAACAUUCUAUGCAUGAAUCUCUACAUGUACAAAUAAAAAAAAUGCCGGAAAUAUGGUGAGAAUAUCUCGAAAAAAAAUAAAAAUUUCGCGAUUUCCACCGAUAAUGGCUUUCGGCGUUUUUAACGACGUCAUCUUGUGCGCACAACGUUAAGGACGUUAACAGACUAGAGAGGUUUAGCAAAGACGACGUGAAAAUGGCGUAAAAAUGGCGUAAAAAUGCCCAUUUAUGGAUGAGCCCACGUCAUUUUUACGCCAUUUUCACGUCCUCUUUGACGUCGCGUGGUCUUUGCUAAACUUCUCUAAUUUAUGACAGUCUGGCACUAUAUAAUGUUCAACAGCUAUAAUACCUCCUUAGUUACAUGAUUUUAAAAUUAAUUAACGAUUUUAAUUUUUCUUGUUUAUAUUUAGGUCGUUUAAUUAAAGAGUUUGCUGAGAAACUCGUCCAUCAAGGCUUUAAUCAAGUAAAAAACUAUUCACGCGGUUUAUAUUUUAAUUAAAGUAAUUCUGUUAUAGCGUGCAUCAUGUAGAUGACUGAUAUUUGUAGACGAUAGAAGAGCUGAUUAGAAUUGGAAAAUUGUUCAUGCUAAUUUUUCUUCGGAUUGAGAGGAAUGCAACUACCUGAAAAAUAUACAAGUAAAAUUUCGAUAUUUCGAGCGAAGGCCCUUCGUCGUGAAGUUCACUAACUUCCUAAGGCCUUCGUCCUAAAGUACACUAACUUCCCAAGGCCCUUCGUCCUAAAGUUCACUAACUUCCCAAGAUUCUUCGUCCUAAAGUUCACUAACUUUUCAAGGCCCUUCGUUGUAAAGUUCACUAAAUCCCAAGGCCCUUCGAUCGUCCUAAAGUUCACGAACUUCCCAAGGCCCUUCGUCCUAAAGUUCACUAACUUCCCAAGACCCUUCGUCCUAAAGUUUACUAACUUCCCAAGGAUCUUCGUUGUAAAGUUGACUAACUUCCCAAGGCCUUCGUCGUAAAGUUCACUGACUUGCCAAGGGCAGGGAUCGGAAUAGCGGGCUACCAAUGACCAAAGCCACACUUUAGAAAUGGCAGGCAAAAACAAAUUUGAACUCCCAAAUAAAAAAAAAAUAGCAGGUGAAAUUCUAUAGAUAUAUUUCAUUUCAUAUGCUUACCAUAACCGCUCAUUUUGUUGACUUAAUAUAUUUAUAUUUGAAUUGUAAAUCCAAGUUAACUGUAGUAAAAUAGAACAAAUCUAAAAAUUAUAAAAAGUGCAUAUCAUAAAACAUUGAUUUUUACAAUAUGACUCCUAUGAGAAAUCGUUAUUUUGGCAGUUCAAGAAAUAAAAAUGGCAGGCUAAAAUUUAUUCCACCUGCCAAAAAAUUUUAGAUUGGCAGGCCAUAUUUUUCUCUACUUCGAGCCGUGCCCGUUGUAUAUAGUUCACUAACUUCCUUCGCUAAAUUCCCUAACCACGGGUCUUCGCUUGAAAACGUUUAAUAAUUUUUAUGCUGUAAUAUAUAGUAAUAGUUGAAGAGAUUUGUAGAUAGAAACUUGUGUAUUUUUUAUACAUUUAUUACACCUAAACUACUGCUUCUGGCGUUUUGUAAUAGUACUAUGAUGUGAUGUGAUGUGAUGUGAUAUAGUAAUACUAAUAAAAGCCGUGUUUAAACUUUAAACCUAAAAAGAAGUCUUAUCUUGCAGAAGGAAUUACUGAAUAUUGUUUCACAAGAAUUCGAAAAUCUUUUGCAUGGUCUCUGAUCAUAAAAUCAAGUUCUAUAUAAUAUGUUAUAUCAUGAUUUUUAAUACAAUCC